AUGGCUUCAGUAUACACAACAAAGAGAGGUAAAACAAAGAAAGCAAAGCUUGGUAUUAGAAAAGAUAGUAAGAAUAAUCAAGCAAACAAGUUGGUACAACAAGUGAGACAGACAACUACUAAAAAGUCACAAGCAGAUGUAAUCAACCCACUCGAUUUCUCUGACAAGUGGAACAACUUAAAGUUGACUGGCGAAGAAGAAAGAAGAGCAUUGGCACUCGUCGCAAAGUGUCAAUUCAAGCAAUGUAAAUCUGGUGGUAAAAUAGACGGUACUCCUCUCAUGUUGUGUGGAGCUUGUCAAAGUGUUUCAUAUUGUUCGCGAGAUUGUCAAGUAGGUGAUUGGAAAUUACACAAAGAGAAAUGUAAAGAUUACGCUCUCAAGAAACAAAAUGCAAAUGAUGAUCUAUUGAAAACUAUAACUGAAACAAUUAAACAAUUGGAAAUUUUAAAGACUACUGAAACUACGUCAUCUUCUACUAUUCAAGGAAAUCCUUGGAUCGAUGAUAAUGGGGAACCAUCUGAUGAUGAAGAAGGGGAGGACGAACCACCAAAGAAAUCAAACGAUACUAAAAUUGCCACCUCAUCCUCAACGUCGAGUACUGCCACUACGACAUCUUCUGGCGCCAAUGGACAACAAAGUAAAAACGUUAAUUGGUCAUUGUUUAAAGAUGAGGCAUUUGUUGAAGAGCAACAAGUAUCAGGAGACGAACAAGAUGGAGAAAGCUCUGAUGAAUAA